UCUUGAAGAAGCUCUUCCGUCAGAUACGUCUCCGUGCCGACACUGGACCGUCCUGAACGUUUGGAGAUCACAGACUGAUCCAGGAUCAGAACGGCUUGAAUCACCUCUGACCUCUGACCCAGGAACUGGACCAGGAUGUUACUGUCGUCAUUGUUGUAGCAGCUGCAACAACCAAGAGGAGUGAAGGUGAACUGUCCGUCCUUCUGAAGACGUCUGAAUAAACGCCGCGUCCUGGUGCAGGUCGUCUUUCAGCCUGAAAAUGACGGUGAGUGACGCAGGUCAAGAAGCAGACCGGUGAGGUGGAAUCAAACCCACGUCAUUGACGGUACACAGGCAUGAUGUUGGCGUGUCGCUCCCUUCUGCUCACAUGGGUGCUGCUCACCACCAGAAUCCGAAGCCAGAGCUGGAGACCCUGUACAGACCUGCUGCCUCUUGACCUGCUGGCCAGAGCCCUGCCACGCCCGCCAGGACAAGCCCUGCCCACACAGGUGCAGAUGGUUCAGUCCAGAGGGUCCAGAGGUUUCCGAUUGGCCAGCUCUGUGGCGACAGAGCUGAGUUUCCCCGCCUCCCAAGUCUUCACCAACUGUGACUACUUCCCUGCUGAGUUCUCAUUGGUCGCCACCAUCAAGAUACCGAGACUAAGACAGAAGAGGAAUGAGUACAUCUUCUCUGUGCUGGAGGAGGGAUCUGAUUCGCUGUUGCUGGGCUUACGUGUCUCAGAGAACCGCCUCCACUUCCUGGUCACACCCCCCGGUGUUGGUGGGCGGAGCAGGCUGAGCUUUAAGGAUGUUGGACUGGAUGACAACCGCUGGCACACUGUGGUGCUGGCCGUCACCGGACCGUACGCCACGCUGACCAUCGACUGUGGACUUCCUCUGGAGCUUAAACAGGUCCAGUCGUUCCCCGGCGCCCUGAGCACCAGAGGGUCCCGGUUCUUCAUCGGCAGCAGGAGGAGGUUGAGGGGUCGCUUCUCUGGUUUACUGCGUCAGCUGGUUCUGCUUCCUGGUUCAGACGCCACGCCCAGACUGUGUCCGACCUCUGACCCCAGCCUGGCCGCGCUGUCCGUCCCUCAGGUCCUAAAGUCCACGCCUCUCCAGCCCGACCAGCGCGGACCAGUUUACCCGUACGAGGCGGAGGCCAGAGUGACUCUGGGAAAGCCUCCUCCAUGUUCGGGACCAGAAGAGGGCCAGCUGUGGUUCAACGCUCAGAGGAAAGGCCUAUUCAUCUGUGACGGACUCAGCUGGAAGACGCUGCUGCAGAACAAGGAGCGUUUGGAUUACGUGGAGGACUACCAGGACCUGUACACCAGCUCAGAGACCUUCGACGUGGAGGUCUUCUCCAUCCCGUCUGAAGGCCUGUUCUUGGCUGCAGCCAACAGGGACUCUCGACCCGGUUCGGGUAUCUACAAAUGGAGAGACGGGUCGUUCCAGCUCUACCAGAACAUCAGCACUCAGGAGGCUCGGGCCUGGAGACACUUCACCAUCGACGGCAAGAUUUUCCUGGUGGUGGCGAACUCCAGGGAGGUGGAGCCUGAGCUGUCAGUCAUCUACAGGUGGAACCAGCGGCGGCAGCGUUUCCUCCGUCACCAAACUCUGGAGACUCACUCCGCUCUGGACUGGGAGGCCUUUCAAAUCCACAACCACAGCUUCCUGGUGGUAGCCAAUCACAGACGAGCCAGAGACUCCAACCACAACAUCCACAGUGUGAUCUACAGGUGGAACCCAAACACCAAGCUAUUUGAGGUGAACCAGACUCUGUCCACGUCCGGAGCGUAUGACUGGGAGUUCUUCUCCGUCGGGCCGUACCACUUCCUGGUGGUCGCCAACACCUUCGACGGACAGACCACCGCCAUCAGCUCCACCGUCUACGUCUGGCUGGACGGCUGCUUCCGGGUCUUUCAAAACAUCCCGACGGUGGGAGCGACGGACUGGGAGACGUUUGAGAUCGACGGCAGGUUCUUUCUGGCCGUCGCCAACAGUCAGAAGGUUUUGGGCCGCGGUCCGAGUCUCUACAGCAUCAACUCCACCGUGUACGAACUCAACACGCUCACACGGACCUUCAUCCGCUUCCAGGACAUCCUCACACACAGCGCUGUGGACUGGGAGUUCUUCACCAUCGGAGAGGAGAAGUUCUUGGUUGUGGCCAACUCUCAUGACGGCAGCUCGUACUCUCUGAACAGCGUGGUGUACAGGUGGCAGGGUUACGAGGGCUUCGUUCCGGUUCACAGUCUGCCGACGUUCGGCUGCAGAGACUGGGAGCACUUCAGCACCGACGAAGGCUCCUUCCUGGUCUACUCCAGCGCCACCUCCAGGCUCAGCAAGGUCUUCAGACUCAGGACCUACUGAAAGAAACUCCGUGCUGCAGCUGCAGAGCCUCUGAGGAGCUGCCUCUUUAGAAAGCAGUUCGACUUUACAGAGUUCCUCGCCUCCAUCCGGGGCCUCAAUCCAAUCAAAACAACUUCUUGUUUACCUCCUCCUGAGUUUAUUACAAAUAAACAUUUUGCUGUGAUUUAGUUGCAGUAAACAGAUCAAAUGAUGCCGAUUUGUUAAUAAUAUUGAGUCCUGCUUUGUCAACUCUGUCAGCAGGAUGACGAGCAAACAACCGUUAAAAUGCUUGUUUUCUGAAUGGAGUUCAGAUCGAUCAGGGCUGUGCUAACUUAUUUUACAGUUAAGUACAACGAUAUUCAGGAGAAGCGAUCACAGAGCAACUCGGUGACAGGUUGAGAAGCACGAGUGAAUCCACAAAAAUCACAAUGAAUAAUUUCAAUUAAAUAAAAGCAGUUACUCUGAGCUCUUCCAGCUGGUAAACACCUCCGUAUAGAGCAGAAUCCGGCCGGACUGCUCGCCGUCACUCAGCAGAGUAUUUCUUUAUAUAAAAUAUGUUUUCAACUCACGGCCCGGCAGGAAUUCGCGUCUGUUGGUUGUGUGUAAUCGGCCUCGCUGCGCGCUGUGUGUGGACGCACCUUCACAUCCUGAGGUGCUUCACAGCUUCAGCCGGUGGAUGAAGAUCCUGCUGGCGUUUUGUUCCAGCUGCGUGCUCCUCAGGGCUCAUUUAGAUGUGCUUAUUUAAAAAGGUCAGCUCGUGUUAAGCCCUGCUGAAGGGGACGGCGCCCUCGAGUGGUCAUAGAAAACCUUUUCAAUGAGAGAAAAUGUUUUUGAAAUGAGAAGGAAGGACAAAGAAGACGCAGUAACGCCUCUGUGACAGAUUCUGCUCUGACACGCAGCUAAUAAGCUACGACAGGUGCCACAUGACGUUCCAGCCAAUCAGAGCUCAGCUCUGUCAGGACGGCUUGUCGAAGCUGAACUUGAAAACUCUUUGCACAGCAAGAUGCUCGUCCUUACAAAGGUUUAUUUAAAACCGACUGAAUUAUUUUACACGGCUUUCAAAUGGAAACAGAGUAAAAUAAAUUGGUUGGUUGAAAUUAAAUACAUUAUUAUUUAUUUUUACUGUACUGAAAGGCUUGAAGGUCACGUCGACUUUAUCACUGUAUAUUAAAACAAAUCAGGUGCAAAAUAUAAAUAAAUCUGUAUAUAGACUCCUACAAAAUAAAAUGUUAUAUUGUUUGGAAAAGUUUUCUGACAUUUUGUUACUGAAAUAAUCCUGAUGUUUUUGGAUCAAAGGAUCCCAAUCCUACUAAAAAGGUUUGAUCCAGAUCGCAGCCAGGACUGGAUCAGGUGAUCUGAUCACAUUUCAGAAUCCUUUUUUUCUUUUGAACAACCCAUUUUUCCAGAUUUGAUCCAAUCCGAUCAGAUUACUUUUGAAUCUGAUCGUCAUGUGAUGCAGCGUCUUUCUGUAAAACCAAAGAAAAGCUUUUGUCCUGCAGGUCAGCUGCUGCAGAUUAAAACUGAAUAUUAAUAUUUCUGUAUGUGGAGAUUUGUUAUGAAAUACAUUUAAUAAAGUGUGUCUGAAAUUAUUAAUGUUCAUGAGUAAGAUGAAAAAUAAAACUAUACA